GAAAAGCAGCAGCAGCAGCAGGAAAGAAAAAGACGUCUGGAAAAUAUUACCCGUUUGCUGCUGCUGCUGCUGAGAAACCUCAUUGAAACAGUUACUCGGGUAGCAAGGUAUCACCAAAGAGACUUUAUCUGAUGCUGAUCUCUCAAACUUUCAGACGCUGCCUUGCAACUUCUCCAGGCUCGUGGCUAGCCGGGUUUGAAAUAAGAUCUUCAGCUUCGACCACGAGAAACUAACUCCUAAUUUAUUAUUGCUAUUUUUUAAUUAUUAUUAUUAUUAUUAUUAUUACUAUUAUUUGGGGGAAAAAAAUCCCACAACUUUGAGCUAGAAACUGAAGCAGAGAAAGACAAAUACACGAUAAUUGUGAAAACACGUGGGAGAAAAUGAGUAGGACUGAAUAGCCUUACAGGAAUUUUUAAUUAUUUUCAUUUUUAAUUAUUUUUUUAUUUCUGAGCGUCUCAAUAAGUCCCUGAAAAGUGCGAUUUGUUCUUUUACCUCAAACUUGGAAACUAUUCAGCAGGAGCAACGGUACGUGAGACCACACAGUUGGCUGGAGCCCUUCUAUGACCAAAGGACAGAAGGACAAACAAGAUGUAUUGUGAGAGGUUUAUAUGUAUCCUGAGAAUACUUGGAACCACACUCUUCGGGGUGUCCCUCCUGCUGGGAAUCACCGCUGCUUACAUUGUGGGCUACCAGUUCAUCCAGACAGACAACUACUACUUCUCCUUUGGACUCUAUGGUGCUAUCCUGGCAUCACAUCUCAUCAUCCAAAGCCUGUUUGCCUACUUAGAGCACAGGAAAAUGAAACGGUCGCUAGAGACUCCAAUCAAACUGAACAAAACAGUUGCCCUUUGUAUUGCUGCCUAUCAAGAAGAUCCUGACUACUUAAGAAAAUGUUUACUUUCUGUAAAAAGAUUGACCUACCCUGGAAUUAAAGUUGUUAUGGUCAUUGAUGGGAACUCAGAAGAUGACGUUUACAUGAUGGACAUUUUCACUGAAAUCAUGGGUAGGGACAGUUGUGCCACUUAUAUCUGGAGUAAUAACUUCCACGACAAAGGUCCGGGUGAGACAGAAGAAUCUCACAGAGAGAGCAUGCAACAUGUAUCUCAGCUGGUCCUGUCCAACAAAAGUGUUUGCAUCAUGCAGAAAUGGGGUGGAAAAAGAGAAGUAAUGUACACAGCAUUCAAAGCACUGGGGAGAAGCGUGGAUUAUGUACAGGUGUGUGAUUCAGAUACAAUGCUUGAUCCAGCCUCAUCAGUGGAGAUGGUAAAAGUUUUAGAAGAAGAUCCAAUGGUUGGAGGAGUUGGAGGUGAUGUGCAGAUUUUGAACAAAUAUGAUUCCUGGAUCUCCUUUCUGAGUAGCGUGAGAUACUGGAUGGCAUUUAACAUCGAAAGAGCCUGUCAGUCCUACUUUGGCUGUGUACAGUGCAUCAGUGGACCUCUGGGAAUGUACAGAAACUCCUUACUCCAUGAAUUUGUGGAAGAUUGGUACAAUCAAGAGUUUAUGGGCUCCCAGUGCAGCUUCGGAGAUGACAGGCAUCUAACUAACAGAGUGCUAAGUCUGGGCUAUGCAACAAAAUACACAGCUAGAUCCAAGUGCCUUACGGAAACACCAAUAGAGUAUCUCAGGUGGCUGAAUCAGCAGACCCGCUGGAGUAAAUCCUACUUUAGAGAGUGGCUUUAUAAUGCCAUGUGGUUCCACAAGCACCAUUUGUGGAUGACCUAUGAAGCUGUAAUCACUGGAUUCUUUCCUUUCUUCCUCAUUGCCACAGUCAUUCAGCUCUUCUACAGGGGAAAGAUCUGGAACAUUCUUCUCUUCCUGUUAACAGUUCAGUUAGUUGGCCUGAUAAAGUCUUCCUUUGCCAGCUUCCUUAGGGGCAACAUUGUCAUGGUUUUCAUGUCACUCUACUCAGUGUUGUACAUGUCAAGUUUACUGCCAGCAAAGAUGUUUGCAAUUGCCACGAUAAACAAAGCAGGGUGGGGCACGUCAGGAAGGAAAACCAUUGUAGUUAAUUUUAUAGGACUCAUUCCAGUCUCCAUUUGGUUUACAAUCCUCCUAGGUGGCGUAAUUUUCACUAUUUACAAGGAAUCAAAAAAGCCAUUUUCUGAGUCAAAACAGACAGUUCUCAUCAUUGGCACAAUACUCUAUGCAUGUUACUGGGUUUUGCUUUUGACUUUGUACAUGGUUCUUAUCAACAAAUGUGGCAGGCGGAAGAAAGAGCAACAACACUACGACAUGGUGCUAGACGUAUGAUGUUUCCAUGGGAAGUUACCCAGAGUUGUAAAGCAACCCAACGACCUUGUAGUAUCUGUGGCAUCAGACAUAUGUUGCCAAGGGAAAUGGAUCACUGCUGCUGGGAAUAGGACACUUGUAUUCCUCUGGGUUCAUUUUCAUCCUGCCAAAGUAAGGAGAGAAAAAAAAACAAAAAAGAGAAAAACAAAACAAAACAACAAAAAAAAACCCACCAGAUUUUUUUGUUUCUAAGGGGGGAAAGACACAAACCACACAGUUACGACCUGUUCACAAGAAAAGGGGAGAACUUCUAUGUUUAUGCACUUUUUUAUUGUGCAUAUGCCUGACAGUGUUACAUUCUAUAUACCUCACUGGUCAUGCUUAUGUGUGUGUGGACAGAAAGAAAGGGAGUUUGGAGAAUCAAGAAAAGGACCGUACAACCCCUUGCAACCUAAUUUAUGAACUUCUCUUUUUUUAUAGUUCUGUUUAUAGGAAGGGUCUUUUGUUUUAGGCUGCCAAAUGUAAUGCCAAAGGUAAAUUUUAAGAGGCCAUUGGCUGAGCUGUAUUUUUAUAUUAUUGUAUUAUUUGUGUGUGUGUAUUUUUAAACCAACUUUUUUUUUAAAUCACAUAUUUUAUAUUUUACUAUCUGCCAAAAAAAGCUGCCUCCCCGACAUUUUGUUCUUUCACUUUUUAAAAUAUAUUUGGGGACAAAAAUAUCAUACAUUCUCCCCCCAAAUUUCUGCUGAAAUUAUAUUGUUCACAACAGAAAGAAUAAAAAGUCUCUCUGCAUUUUUGCAACUAAUGAAUGGUUAUUUCUGUGAAAAAGCAUUUAAAUGUGCUCUUUUAAGAAAUUUAUUAGGAAAGGCCCCAAAGUGUCAGGUUUUGCAUACAAGCAGAUUUGUGCAUAAAAAAAGGCCAAAGGGGUAGAUAUGUGCAAUUUGGGGGUUUUGUUUUGAUAACAUUGUAAAUGGGAAAUUUGCUUCUCUGCUGAGAACUUAAUAUCCCUGGCAUGCACAAUAAACCGUAAGGCAAGGCAGGCCUCCAUGCCACUGGAAAAAAACAUUGCUAUGGAAAGCCUCCCACUGAUUUUAUAUGGGACCUGAGCAGUCAAAAACUUCUGAUCUGGAAAAUACGGGGCACCUGAAACUGCUAUUGAAUUCACUGAUGGUCAUAGUUGUUCAUAAUCAGCUAGUACCAAGCAAACAGUUCAGGUUUUUUACUAGAAAAAAAAAAAUUUGAAGGAAAAACUUGUCAACACUUCCAAAAUGUGUGUGUUGUACUAUAAAACUUCCGCAGAGCCCUUCAUACAGUUUACAGAAAAUAAACACAUCACUUUCUCUGACAUCCAGUGUAAUACUGACCCCAGUACUGAGCCCAAUAAUUUGUUUUUAACUACAGCAUAUCUACCAGAAAAGAAGCCAAUUUUUUAUCAGAAAACAUCAAGCCUUAGCAAAUGUAUCACUUCCUUGGUGCCUAAUAAUCAGUCUUGGACAUUUAUUUUGGACCAUGGUUUUGAGAAAUAAUAUUCGGGACGAAAUUCUGAAGUCCUUCACCAGCCAAAGGAAUGUGGCAUUGAGCCCUAAUAUACUUUAUAAAAAGCAACAGAAAGACCAGCUGCCCUUUUUAGAUUCUGGUAUUAAAAGCACUGUGGUAAAGCAGAAAUCGGCAUAUGAUGCUUAAAGAACUUAGAAGCAUUUUCAGCUUCUCUUUUUUCUGCAGACAUGAAUAGAUUCUGCUGUAGAAUGAACUGCACACACACUACCUUAUUGUCUGAUUAUCUUGAGGUACAUGAUUGCUUGAAAGUCAUACUAAUAUUAUGUUAAUGAUUGGAGAGUUGAUUCAUGUUGAUUACAAAAUAGAACAGUAUUAAAAGAAAGCAAGAGAAACGGUAAAAAUCAAAAAAACUUGAC